AUGCUCUGCUGGGCUGCGCUGCUUGCCUGCCUCAGCCUGGCCCGUGCCUCCGUGGGCAGCCUUUAUGUGUAGAACAGCCACUUGCCCCAAGACCACCCGGCCGUGAUCAAGCGGCGAUUCACCAGCGUUCUGAUAGUCUCCAGCCUCUCGCCACUCUUCAUCUGGCUCUGGAAGGAGCUGACAGGCAGUAAGCCAGGUAUACCCCUGCUAGUUCUGCUGGGCUUCCGACUGGAGGGCAUCGUGCCAGCGAUUCUACUGCCCUUGUUGCUCACCAUGGUCCUGUUCCUUGGGCCCCUCAUUCAGCUCUUGAUGGACUGUCCCUGGGAUUGGGUUGAUGGACUGAAGGUCAUGUUUGACCCCCGCUUCUGGGCGCUGUGCCUGAGUGACAUGCGCUGGCUCCGCAACCACGUGAUCGCACUCCUGACGGAGGAGCUGGUGUUCCGGGCCUGUAUGCUGCCCAUGCUCAGCCCUUGCACCAGCCUAGGGCCAGCCAUCUUCACCUGCCCGCUCUUUUUCGGUGUCGCUCACUUCCACCACGUUAUUGAGCAGCUACAGUUCCACCAGGGCAGCGUGGCCAGCAUCUUCCAGUUCUCAUACACAGCUGUCUUCGGUGCCUACACAGCGUUCAUCUUCAUUAGGACAGGACACCUGAUUGGCCCUGUGUUGUGCCACUCCUUCUGCAACUACAUUGGCUUCCCUGCCAUCUGUGUUGCCCUGGAGCAUCCUCAGCGCCUCACUGUUGUCAUCUUCUAUGUGUUGGGCCUGGUGCUCUUCCUCCUGCUCCUGCACCCCAUGACUGACCCAGCUUUCUUUGGAGACAUCCCUAUUUGCUCUCUGUCUGCAGCCAGCUCUGGCUUCUCUGUGUGCUCCUGA